AUGGAUUUUUCAAAGCCCAAAAUCCGGCCGGCGGCCGCCAGACCCAAACCCAUCUCUCCCUGCAAAAAACACCCGAAACACAGGCAAUCCCCCGGAGUCUGCUCCCUUUGUCUGAACGAAAAGCUCUCGAAAGUUGCCAAUCACGGCCUUUCUAGAGGCUCGAAAGCUAUAUACUCGUGUCCUUCGUCCUCGUAUGCUUCUUCACUCUCGUCUUCCAACGCGUCUUCCUACUCGUCUCCCAUUGGGCGCUACGAAAAGUCGAGCGCGAGGUUUUUUGAGAAUGCGCCACACGGGCAGGACUCGUUCAAGAAGAGCAGGUCGAUGGCGUUCGUUUGGAGGAGAAGUAAAGACGGAGAAAUUCACAAGGGGUGUAAACAGACCGAGUCAAAAAGAGGAGUUUUGGAUGGAGCUAAUAUUCGGAGAUAG